AUGGCCGACAACGUCAAUGCCACAGAUUCGGCCUCGUUAAUUGACGCCACAGACGCGUUGAGCGAAGCAGGAGCUCGCACGCCUGAGCAAGGAAGCGGUCCAGAAAAUAACGGAGACACGGAAACGGAAAAUCACGGGUCGGGAUACGUCGAAGAACAAUAUUGGAUAGUCGACGAAUCUGACAGUGACAGUGACGAUUGCUACGAAUAUUCAAGUGAUUCUAGCGAUGACGAUGACAACGAAAGUGAAGCCAGCAUUUGCAGCGACGACGAAGAUGACGGCCCUGAACUCAAAGAAGAAACAUCGACACCUUCAGUGACAGCAUCGCAUUCUGGCCAACCGCCCUCCGCAAGCAAGUUACUGACCUUGAGCCUGGACCUGAUACUGGAGAUUACUAGUUAUCUUCUACCGUCCGAUUUGAUCACGCUGGUCGACACAAACCGGUCUUUUCGCUCAUUCCUCAUGUCCCCUGACCAAAGAGGUGUCUGGAAGAUGGCUCUGCAGAGGGUCCCUGAUGGAACUCCUCCGUGUCCUCCCGAUGUCUCCGAGCCACAGUGGGCCCGCUUGAUCCUUGGGGGACCGAAAUGCCAGAAAAUGUUUGAAGAAACAGCCUUGUCUGCGGUGUAUAAUCAACUAAAGGACGAUGUGCGUUUGCACAAAGCAGGUGCGGAGCAGGCGCUUGAGACAUUCUGCAUGACGCGGAAAUCGUACGUCCGAUCUGUGUAUAAGUUUGCGGCCCCUUAUGCCGAUUGGAUGAUAGAGUAUACCGAAGACCGUGCACGCGAGAGAGAAGAACGUGACAAUGUGCGCUACGGAGAAGCGCUCAAAAGAUUUAUGGAACUCUCCUAUGAGCAACAAGACAUUGAAAGUAUUCGUAGCAUCAUAUGCGCGAGUGAUCACAGAAUCACGGAUACCAACUGGAUGCGCGUUCGCGGAAGGCUCGAGCCCCAUCUGAUCAAGGCACUGGAGACACGUAUUGCACGCGAGCGUCGGCAUCUCAUACACUCGCGCAUAAAGGCCCUCGAACCCGCCUAUAACAACUAUAAGAGGACUCUGACACCUAUCCAAUGGACAACACUGCCCCGCCUCUCUACCAUGCGGCAGGUACCAGAGAUUGAUGACCUCGUCAAUGAUGACUCGGAUGCCCCUCCUGAUCUGGCUCGCUACGAAGCUGCUUUCAGUUGUGCCCCGGAGGUCGCUGAGGAACUCUCUGAGCGGCGGAGAGAAGGGCUGUACAAAGAGCUUGGUGCUGCAGGUCACAGUCAUGCCAUGGAGAUCGACCGACUCUCUUUGGCAACUGCAGUUUUCAAAUGCGUAGCCACGCGGCCCUGCACCAGGGGCCUGCUGUUCUCCUGGGCGGAGGUUCAACAACAUAACUGUGGAAGCACUAUCGGCCGUUAUGGAUCUCGUUGGCAGAAAUACAGGUACUUUAUCCGGGAUCCUGUCAAGGCCAGCCCAGGGCAAAGGAUCCUUGAUCCCAAUACCUCACGCCCGGAGGAUCUCGACAGAAUAGAUGCACGGUUCAUUUGUACCAAAUGUCUCCCAAACCUGCUUCAAAAUGAUGGGAGUAGGCAUGUACUUGGUUAUGAAGCAUUCUGCUGGCGGCGCUACGUGGCUCAUGUGGAGGAAGAAAGACACCCGCUCAGAUUUUGCAAGCUCACUCCCUCAACGUGUUGGGCGAGAAUCAAAGAGCUGGAGAUCCGCGAUUGGUACAGAUGUCACGCCAUCGAAUCCCCUCGAGAAGAUGAGGAUUUCUUCUUGGCUUACCGCGGCAGCCUACCCCUCCGCGUAAGAUCAACAUCUGUAGAGGUAUCUGCCGCUGAGUAA